UAAGAACUAACCUAGACCACUGGCUAUGUCUGUGUAGGUUUAUUGUUUUAUUUUAAACAGUCCUCUUGACUUAAAACUGAACGGUUGUCUUUCCUUCCACACGGAGAAUAAAGCUGUGUACAAGGAGCACUGUUUGUGGCUGCCCUCAUUAAUAGGCAAUUUUGUGAUUUGACAGCUUUGCUGUUUGGAGAGGCUCCGUUUCGGGAGGGCUUGGAAGAUGCUGAUGCCAUGAAGCUUGAGCCCACUGUCACAGAAUUGAUCUACUCCAGCCCAUUUGCCGGAGGAAAGUAUCACCCUCACAAGGUUUUCUCUCUGGCUGCUCAAAGUUGAGACGGAGCUGCUGCCCUCUAUGCAAACAGAACAUGCUCAUUUCAAAGAACUCAAGGAAGCUGAAGGAAGGCAAUGAGAAAAUGUGUUGACCAGAACGGACAGAAGCAGCCAAACGACAAUGGAGAACAACACAGGCAAUGGACAGAAUGAGACAGAACUUCUGCCAAAUCUGGAGGUGGUCACUACUGAAUACCAAGUGGUCACUAUCUUUUUGGUUCUCCUCAUUUGUGGGUUAGGCAUUGUGGGCAACAUCAUGGUGGUAUUGGUGGUACUUAGGACAAAGCACAUGAGAACCCCUACUAAUUGUUAUCUGGUCAGCCUCGCAGUAGCUGACCUCAUGGUCCUUGUGGCUGCUGGACUACCCAACAUUACUGAAAGCAUUUAUGGUUUCUGGGUUUAUGGCUACAUUGGAUGCCUCUGCAUUACUUACCUCCAAUAUCUGGGUAUCAAUGCUUCUUCUUGCUCUAUUACUGCCUUCACUAUUGAGAGGUACAUUGCCAUUUGUCAUCCCAUCAAAGCCCAGUUUCUAUGCACCUUCUCCAGAGCCAAAAAAAUCAUCAUUUUUGUCUGGGCGUUCACCUCUAUCUAUUGCAUGCUCUGGUUUUUCUUACUGGAUCUUAACAGGGAAGUCUACAAAGAAGCCACGGUAGUGUCUUGUGGGUAUAAAGUGUCUCGGAGUUACUACUCUCCAAUCUAUAUGAUGGACUUUGGGAUAUUCUAUGUCAUACCAAUGAUCUUAGCAACUGUCCUCUAUGGGUUGAUUGCUAGGAUUUUGUUUCUGAACCCCAUUUCAUCUGACUCUAAAGAAAGCUCAGCAACAUGGAAGAAUGAUUUGGUUCUCUCAAGCAAAACCAAACCAAGCAAUAAGAGCAUCAACAGCGCUGUGGCUUCAAGAAGACAGGUUACAAAGAUGCUGGCUGUGGUUGUAGUCCUUUUUGCCUUCUUGUGGAUGCCCUACAGGACCUUGGUGGUCAUUAACUCCUUCCUGUCUCAACCUUUCCAAGAACAUUGGUUCUUGCUGUUCUGUAGGAUCUGCAUUUACCUUAAUAGUGCCAUCAACCCUGUUAUUUAUAACCUCAUGUCCCAAAAAUUCCGAGCAGCCUUCAAAAAACUCUGUAAGUGCCAACAGAAACAGCUGGAGAAACCUACCAACUACAGUGUAGCCCUCAACUACAGCAUCAUUAAAGAAACUGAACAUUUCAACACUGAACUAGAGGACAUCACAGUUACAGAGGCUUACCUGUCAUCCACAAAAGUAUCCUUUGAUAAUAACUGUGUGACCUCCGAGGUGAUGUGAAGUUGGAAGAAGCUGCAUCUCUUACUCCAUUUUGCUUUUGUUCUAUUUGAUCUCAGAACUUGGAUCUUUGCCAACCUCCGGAUGUAUUGAGAAAUCAAUUCCCAGAAUUUUUAGCUGGGAGGGUGCUGGCUUAGACAAGGCUGUCAUAGAGUGAACCACUUCUGAAUCAUCCUGCUUAUUAAUCUAAAAAUAUCCAAAGUGGUAAAUGUCAAUAUGCUCAUACUUAUUGAAGCUACUAUCGUACUGUAUAUUAUUAAUGCUUGUUUUGUGGAAACGUAGAGGUAAACUGCAGAUAUGUAUGCAUCCUUAAUAUUCAUUUCCUAUCUAUAUUUUCUAGAGUGAGUUGCCCAGUCACUUUCAUGAGAUAACUUUAGAUGUGAUAUUUUUGUGAUUAUUGCUCAAUCAUUGAGAACAUUGGUGUAACACUGCACUUUAUGACAAGCAGUGUGUAAAUAUGGGAGUGACUUGCUUGUAUGGUCCUGUUUUAGUCUCCCAAGAGACAUCAUUUUCUCACAGGUCCUAUAGGCAUAUGUAAUUAUCUGCAGUUGAAUGAAGACACUGUGCUACAGCUAUUUGCUGUACAACUGCCAGCUGAGGCUGAAGAACAUGAAUCACAUUGGUAAAAUUUGGAACCAGCUCACUAUGGAAGUCAGCAAUUCGAGGAAAGAAAUUCCAAUCCAGGCCAAAUCCAUAAGACCACCUUCCUUCAAUAUUAACAAAUAGUAAAAUGUAGCAUCUACAUCACAAUAAUUCUUAUCUUGUUGCAAGCUGCCUAAACCCUACUUCUCAUUUUAUUCCAAUUUAGAGAACUAAAUUGAACUGGUGUGGAAAAUAUGGCUGGAGAUAAAGCAGGGGUGUCAAACUCAAGUCGUCACGGCAGCAUCACAUGAUGUAUUGGGACUUUUUUCCCCUUCGCUAAACUGGGCAUGGGCAUGGCCAGUUCACGAUGCAUCUGGCCCGUAGGCCGGGAGUUUGACAGCUCUGAGAUAAAGGAUUUUUUUUCUCCUUUUCACAAUGUUACAAUUCUUGGUCAGUCGGUAAAAUUAAAUGGCACUGUAACAUUCUUUCCUCAACUUCUUGAAUGGAGGUGAGGAGAAUAUGUCAACAUCAAUUGCACUGUUUCCUCCAGCCCAACUUCAACUCUAAAGUAUUCUUGCCCUGGUAGAACAUAACACAGAUUAUUGUCAGAGCAGUGAUUAUUGAAUUCUUUAUCUUACUCUCUCCUCCUACUGAGCAUCACCAACCUGGAAAAUUGACCCUCUGGAAAAUUGUUCUUCUUUUUUUUUUUUUAGACAAGUUUUAUUAAAUUUUUCUUUUACAUACAUAUUUUAUGAACUGGGUCACAUCUUUUACAAUUUAUGACAUAAUUAUAUAUUAAUUUUUAUAAUCUAUUCCAAUCUUCUUUUUUGUUUUUUCCAGAUACAAUUUAUAUGUUUCAUUUUCUGCCAUGAUAUUCUUUUUUCUCUACUUUUUUCUCUUAUCUUAAUCUCUUCUUAAUACAUAAUAUAUAAACAGUAUCACCAUCCGCCCUUCAAAUCCUAAUUUCUUAACAUUGCUUCAAUUAAUUAUCUUAUUUCUCCAUUUAUAAAGUAUAUUUCUUAUAAUCCCUGUCACAUUUUUUUGUUUCCCAAGUGCCAAUUAGCCACUCGUUUCCUCACCGGGAUCUUUUAGAGGUUUUUUUUUUUAAUUUCCUUUUUUACCUGUGAGUUGGCCAAUCACUCACCCAAUACCAAUACUCCAUCUAAACACCGCUCCUGCACAAAAUCUUAUUCCGGUUGCCCCAGCUUCAAAGCAGUCAUUUUUAAUGGCCGCUGCCCCCGCUGCUGGAUCGAAGAACUGCCUCUGACCUUCUGAGGAACUUGCCUGUUCCUCUUAGUUGUCCAAGGCACCUCUCCUUUUUCACCAUCCCUACAAGACAGUUCCAGUCCGAAGACCUCCCGACAGCGGUUUGUCUGGCUGGAUUUUUGCUGGGCUGAUCUGAGCCCACUAAUUUCCAGCCAAUCUCGCCACGACACUUCCAGUUUCUCCACCAAUUGUUCUUCUGAAUGUAGGUCAGGGCAUCAUGUUAACCCUCUCCCAAAAGAAAUGAGCUGCAGAAGCUAGGUGUUCGUUACUCUUGUCACUAAAGGUAAAAUAAUCAUGCAGGACUAUGUCUCAUGCCUAGGUAGAGAGAGGGCUUUUUCAUAGUGGAUUUACACAUUGAAUAGAACAUGGGAAGUCUUGACCAUCCUGAACUCAUGUCCAGAGUGUCCUAGAUUGUCUGAAUGGCAUGUUUUAUGUCAAACGAAGAAAGAAAACACUACUUCCACAGUCAAUUAAAACUAAAGGCUUUCUAGGCAGCAAGUUAGACACAGGUAACAUCAGGAAGACACAUAUCUCAAAAUUUUGCUGUGGCAAGCUGGACAUGAAGACCAAGCAGGAUAUGAAGAUAGACACUGACUGGGUAAUAAUUCCCAUUUAAUUGAAAUAUCAUGUUUCCAACUCAAUAUGCACUAUACCCUAGUUUCCCUGUAUGUUAAAAUCAAAGCAAUUUUAAGUUGUCAACAAUUAGAAAAGUUAACCCAGCAUGGAUUACAGUAUGAGCUGAAUUAGAAUCCUUUUCAUGAUAUUUUAAGGUUCUAUGUAGAAGACUAUUCAAAACUGAUAUUUGUAUGUACACUUAAAUUUACAGCUGGCAUUUCCAUUUUGUAUUUGAUAUCUGAAAUGCAGACAUAUUACUGAAUUGAUCACAGGAUAAUAGGUAUCUUAUAAUGCUUCAAUAUGUGAAGGGAUCAAUGUCGUGGAUAGAAUCCUAAAGUUGGAAGAGGCCUUACGGGUUAUCUGGUUCAGCUUCCUAUUUGAAACAAGAAAUUCAAAUUUUCAUCAGCCCUAACUUGUGAAUGUCCAAUCUCUGCUGGAAAAUCUCCACUGAUCUGUAAUUAAUUCUACUCUUGACUCAAUAAGAAAUUUAUCUCAGUAUACAAACAAAGUCUUUUUUUUUAAUGGGCUAAUUAAGCCCAUUAGAUUUGGACCUAUCACCUAGGGCAAGAGUGUCAAACUCACGUCGUCAAUGCGGCGUCACAUGACGUAUUGGGACUUUUUCCCCCUUCGCUAAACUGGGCAUGGCCAGCGCAUGGUUCAUUGGGCCCACAGGCCGCGAGUUUGACAGCCCUGACCAAGGCUCUUUAUAUGGUGAGACCUGAAUCUAAUUUCCUACUUCUGAGACCUAAGGAGCCCAUUGCCAGAUAAAAUUGUGUACAGCAUCUACCAAAUGAAAUGGGAGGAAGAAUGGUUCCCAAAUGCAGUGAUCAUGAUGAAUUGGUAUUCAUCUUACCAAUUUUGGAACAUAUGGGUGCAAAAAUCAGGAUAUCAAUAAAUUAAAAUGAUACCCUAAACUGGACCAUUUUUGAAAGUGGUAAAUUUGCUAUGGGUAUUCUAUAACUUGAUUUUAUUGUAUCAGCUUGUCUUGGUAUUGUUUGAAUGUGCUUUGCCAACAACUGGAAAUGCAAUUUAUUAUGUAUGCACAACUACGCAUACCAAGUGUGCAAAAUUGUCGUAUUUUGAUAUGAAAAAAAAUGCUUCUUAGUUUUCUUCAAAAAAAUGUUCUUCUGUCUGUUCCCAAUUUAUUUUAUUAUCAGCAAGCAUGUGAUAGUCUCUGGUAACCAAAUUGUCCCUAUUUGCUUUAAAUAUUCUUGUUCUUUUGAAUGUUUGUGAAAUUCAUCUUUUUAAAGUAUACAGGUUUUUAAUAUGGUUGGAAUGAAUUUAUGUGUCUGCUUUUUGCUUGUAUUUAUACAAUUAUAUAUUGUGGUGUAAAAGAAAAUGCUAUCUCAAAAUAUUUGAAUUGCUUGUUUGCUAUUGUGGCAAGGAAAAUAUUGUGAAGUAGUGUCUAAAGAAUUAAUUGAAUAUACUGUAUUAUGCUCAGAUGUAUUGGAUUUAUCUCUCAUAUUCUGUUUAGGGAUUAUCAGAAUUCUGGUUGAAUGUACACCUGAAUGUUACAUGUCUGGAAAGGGUCUAAGUAGAUAAUAUAAACAUAGUUCAAGACAAAAUAUUGUGAUGAAAUUGUUUACCAGUAUGCUCAGAAAUAGGUUACAGAUGUAUAAUGUGAAUUAAUUUUCUAUGGCACUAAGAAUAUAGUAAUUACAAUAAAAUAAACUUUCAAUGUGGAAAUCCUUGAAAGUUUAAA